AUGUCGGUAUUGAAAUCGCCCCUUGCGCAGAACUUGAAAAUUGCUUUGAUUCAAUUGAAGGCCAGCGCCGACAAGGCAGCCAACUUGGCCAAAGUCGCCCGCUACAUUGACACUGCCGUGGCGGAGUCCAAAAUCGGUAAGUUGGACGUGGUCAUGUUGCCCGAAUGUUUCAAUUCCCCCUACGCCGUGGACAAAUUCCGCGAGUAUGCCGAGCAAAUUCCAGGCGGCGAAACCACUACUUUCUUGGCAGACUUGGCUAGAAAGCAUGGACUCUUCAUCGUGGGAGGCUCAAUUCCAGAGCAGGUGACAUCCACCGACCAGAUCUUCAACACUUCUUUGACCUUUGAUCCCCUGGGCGCCAUUGUUGCUGUGCACAGAAAGGCGCAUUUGUUUGACAUUGAUAUUCCAAACGGAAUCACGUUCAAGGAGUCCCUCACGUUGAGUGCCGGAGACAAGGCCACGGUCUUCAAGAUGGGGGACUUUGGCAAUGUUGGCUUGGGAAUAUGCUACGAUAUCCGGUUUCCGGAGUUAGCCAUGGGCGCGUCCAGGGCGCCCAACAACGCGUUUGCCAUGUUUUAUCCGGGCGCUUUCAACACCACCACGGGCCCCUUGCAUUGGCACCUUCUUGCACGUGCCCGUGCCGUGGACAACGAGGUGUUCACUGUGUUGUGCUCACCUGCACGUGACGUCGGCGGCUCUGGGUACCAGGCUUAUGGCCACUCCUUGGUUGUGGAUCCUUCUGGAAGAAUUGUGGCCGAGGCAGGGGAGGGGGAGGAGGUGUUGUAUGCGGAGCUUGACAAGGAAUUGCUUCCUGCGGCCCGCUCAGGCAUCCCCGUGCAUUACCAGAGAAGAUACGAUAUUUACGACGAUGUCACAAAGAGCUUGAAGGUCUCGGACAAGUAG